UGCUGUAUUUCCAGACGGCUAGAAGUAGACUAACAAUUGGCUGCCCUCCAGUAUUCAGGUAAUCGGUUCACAUGCGGGUAGAAGGAAUUUUGUUUUUUUUUUAAGCCGUUUUCCUUGUUGCGCGCGUCCCCGCUGCUGCGUUAACGCGCACUGUUUAAAGGUCCCUUGCCCUGCGCGCUCCCCUCGUUAGGCUUGUGCGCGGCGCUGUUAGGCAGGGGUGGGUGUGUAUGUGAAUGCACGCCAGCUCACUAUCUAUCUCUAGUAAAGUCGAGCCCGAAGCUCUCACAAGCAGAACAAGGCUGGGUGCAGCUACAAUAAAGAUGGAAGGAACAGGGUCUUUCGGAGCCGGUAGAGCUGGGGGCGCCUUCGACCCCGUCGCCUUUAUCAAACAGCCACAGACCGUUCUCAGAAUACUAUCUUGGAUUUUCUCUAUUGUCGUGUUUGGAUCCAUAGUGAACGAAGGCUACGUGAACAGUCACAGCAACAUACUGCACUGUGUUUUCAACCAGAACGACAAUGCCUGCAAUUACGGGAUUACCAUCGGGGUGGCAGCGUUUUUUGCUUCCAUGUUCUUCUUCCUCCUGGACAUUUAUUUCCCCCAGAUCAGCAGCGUGAAGGACAGGAAGCGGGCAGUGCUAGCAGAGCUGGGCUUCACAGGUUUCUGUACGUUCCUGUGGUUCGUGGGAUUCUGCUUCCUGGCCAACCAGUGGCAGCGCACCUCGUCCGACGAGCUGCCUCUGAACCAGGGGGCCGACGCAGCCAGGGCCGCCAUUGCCUUCUCCUUCUUCUCCAUCGUCUCCUGGGCUGGCCUCACUGUGAAGGCGCUCCAGAGAUACCGCUUGGGCACAGACAUGUCCCUCUUCACCACGGAGAACAUCGAGGGUAUUCCCAAUGUGGAGCCCUACCCUGGCUACCCAACAGGCAGCGGCAUGGAGACUGCAGACACCUACCAGAGCCCGCCGUUCACCGAGAGCCUGGACAGCGGCCCCAAGGGCUUCCAGGUGCCAACCUACUAGGACUCGCCAAGCCGUGUAAACACGCAACCGAUCCGUCCGCGGUGCAGUGGCGUGCGUUGGGUGGAUCGCUGCCAAGUGUAACAUGAAGUCAAUUCUGAUGUGGCCUAUCACUAAUGGGCUUACAGUGUUUAUAGAUAGUUGUGACCUCUGUACAGGGUCAGUAUGCUGGUUGUAUUUUCAUCUUUGUUCUGAUAGGUAGGUAGGUUCUAGUUUGGGUAAGUGAUGUCCAUAAAGUCUAGUGUUCCCUCUGAGUCCGGGCCUGUGUAGUGACAAGUGUUGGUAACAAGCCUGAUCCCUUCACUUCUUGUUUCAAUAGUAGCUCUCUCUCUCUCUCUGUCUUCUUUUUUCAUUAUAAAUAGCCAAGUCUUACAGGAAGAAGUAAUGGGGUUUCAUCACAACCAGAUCAGAUCCUGCCGCUUCUGUCUAUUGCUGCAGGUUAAUUGGCUAAACAUACCGCUUGAAAAACUGCAACAUGCUCAAUUUAAACACAUGCAAAGGGAGGGGUGCCAUAGAAAUGAAGCAGUUCCACACGGUUUGGUGUCCUGACGGUUCUGCUGUUUGGUGGUGUGGGCGUGUGGAUAAACGUCACGUGCUGUGUGCGCAGUUGCCUUAUUUCUGUGACAGUAUUGCAUUCGUUAAUGAAUCUGUCCUGAUUGUGAAACUCAUUGGGGUUUGCAGAUUUAAGAACCCUGAUUUAAAUUUGAAAUGCCAAUGCAAAAAAUAAUGCAAACUUAAAGACUGCAAUACCCAUGUAUGCUUAGGAAUCUGUUAUUGAAAUAAAUCAGAAACAUGCAGCACCACACCCAUGUUACAUGGUAUAUUUAUUUGUGUGAUAAUAUAGAUUCCACGAGGAAUUAAAAGAUGCUAAAAACUGAUCAAAAUGAAUUUUAUUAAGUGUUAAAUAAAAUCUUCAAGGGUAAGGAUGAUCACUUGGAACUGGAAGAGGCUUGCUAUAAGAUUCAUUGCUGUAAACGUGUGUCAGUAAAAUCUGUUAAAAAAACCUUCGCACAUAAAUGAUGACAGUAAGCAGGAGGUCAGCAUUUUGUUUUGGAGUUCAGUUUAAUACCAGAGCUGUACUUCCUAGCCUGUGUUUUAAAUGACCCUUCUUCAGUGAGAGCACUGGGUAGGAACUCAAUGCAGCAGAAAGAGACUUCAUUGUACUGUAGAUAAAGAUUUGUUAAGUGUUUUUUCAUACCUUUACUGCUUCUAGUGCAAAAUCAAUGACCUGUGUAUUAGUUGGUAAGAAGAAAAAAGUGUAUAGUGUUAUUCCCUGUUAAUCUAUAGGACGUAGUGCUGUAAGUAGUGUUAGAAAGUGAAACUUGUACCAAUGUGAAUGCAAGCACACCAUGCCUACAUUGUUUUAAAUGCAGAAAUAUGUUUUUAAACAGCUUCUAUCAAAAGGGAUCUUCUCAAAAGUUUGGAAACACUAUGCAGCGUAAUACAGGACAAGAAAAAAAAAAUACAAAUGUGACAAUAUAACAAGGUCUUGCCAUUCUAACUAUUGCAUUGCUGCGGUUUUAAAAAAAAUGCACACAUUUUUUUCAUAUUGCCGCCUUCUCUACCUUAACUUCAGUUUGCCUUUGUGUUAAAUCUCAUUAUGUGGAUCAGACGAGAUUUGAUUUUACAGCCCUUUUCUUCAAACCGUCCACUUUGCUGAGACUCCAGUAGCAGUGACGUCGGUCGGGAAUAUAUCCUGUUAAUAUCGUACUGUAGAAUCACAAGAAAAUCUUGUGACAUUACCUUGAGACCUGCAUCCGAUAGCAUGUGCGGUAAAACAUUUUUAAACAGAGACGAGGCUGCUUUUAAAUUAGCUUAAUUAUUAUUAUUAUUUAUGUAUGGUAAACAUGUAUUCAAUAGCUAAGGAAUACCUUGUACAGUUAAGAUCAGCAAAUGUUUACAUUAAAAGUAUUAAGAUUACAAAUGCAGUAUGAAUCAAAAAGUACAGGUCCCACUUCUUCACAACAUUUCAUGAUUUGAGGCCUUUUAAUACAGGCUAUUUCCAGGGUUGUACUUUUUGUUGAAGUCCUGUCAAAACUUUUGAGACAAUCCUAAGGGGGAGCAGUGGGUAAGGACUGGGAGUUAAUGUUAACAGUGCAUAGUGUUUAAUACCUGUGGUAGCGCAUCUUUAAUGAUAUUGUACACAAAGUGAUACUGGUUGUAAUUCAAUAUAUAUUUAUGGACUCUUGUUUAUUAAAGUGUUCACACUCUGUUGUGUUUCUUGUACUGAUAAUGCACUCCUGUUAAAAUACUUCUUGGACCACUUUUCUGGCAUCAGUGUGACCUUUAAUUUCGAAUUUGUCAUUAUUAUACAUUUGUUUUUCAGCUCCAUCUCUAUUUAAAUUAUACUGGUCCAUGUUCUGUAAUGGUACUGUUAGCAAAUCACCUGUGUACAUCUUAUGGAAUUUGUUUGAAUCAAAAUAGUCUUUCCUGACAUUUAAAAUAAAGUGUAAUGUUUUUAA